AUGAUGAAGAGGUUUCUGAGAGUUGUCUGGAACUACCACAAUCUCCUCAUCAUCAUCCUCACCCCUGUGCUGCUGCUGCCUCUUCCACUGGUCAUCCAAGGAAAGGUGUCAGAAUGUGCGUUCGUACUGUGUGUCAUGGCAGUGUACUGGCUGACAGAAGCCCUGCCACUGGCAGCCACAGCUCUGCUCCCAGCCUUGCUCUUCCCUCUCUUUGGCAUCAUGAAGUCCUCUCAGGUGGCUGGGGUGUACUUGAAAGACUUCCACCUGCUGUUGAUCGGGGUCAUCUGCCUGGCAACGUCUAUAGAGAAGUGGGGUCUCCACCGGAGGAUAGCACUUAGGCUGGUCACUCUGGUCAGUGUCAAUCCUGGAUGGCUGAUGUUGGGCUUCAUGAACAGCUGUGCCUUCCUCUCCAUGUGGGUCCAAAACACAUCCGCCGUUGCCAUGGUGAUGCCCGUCGUUGAGGCGAUCAUUCAGCAAAUCUUGAAUGCAGAGGGAGAAGCUGAGCAGCGGCAGCAAGCAAUGACGGGCACCAGCAACCUUGGCCUAGAACUGGAAGGUGAGAAAGUGAUUGGGCAAAAGAUAGAGGGGCGCUACCGGAGUAAGAGAGAACACAUGAUGUGCAAGGGGCUGUGCCUAAGCAUCACAUACUCUUCCUCUAUAGGAGGGAUUGCCACCCUUCCUGGGACCUCCCCCAACCUCAUCUUUUCAGAGUACAUCCAUCAGUUUUACCCAGAAUGCACCUCUGUAAACUUUGGAAACUGGAUCGUCUUGUGUCUGCCAAUCAGCAUCAUUGCUUUGCUGUUGUCAUGGAUAUGGCUGCACUGGAUGUUCAUCGGCUCAGACUUCAGGGUGCUGUUCCGUCCUAGUGGAGAGCGCUCUGAGAGAGAGACUGCAACAGCCAGAGUCAUAGAGGAGGACUACAACACGCUGGGUCCUAUGAGUCCCCAGGAGGUUGUGACCGCGUUCAUCUUCACCCUGAUGGUGGCGCUGUGGGUCUUCAGAGACCCUGGAUUUAUGCCAGGCUGGGCCUCAAUCUUCCUCCCUGAAUAUGCGGGCUACAUCAGUGACGCCACCGUGGCCCUUCUGCUGGGGCUCGUGUUCUUCAUCAUGCCAGCACACAAGCCUUCUGCAGAUAAACACGAGGCCAUGAUCUCAUGGAAAGAGUUCCAGGCCUGUAUGCCAUGGGAAGUCGCCCUACUUGUUGGUGGGGGCUUUGCACUUGCUGAGGGCACCCAGGUGUCUGGUCUGUCCUCCUGGGUGGCAAACCUGCUAUCUCCUCUGGGGAGCCUCCCCAUCAUAGCAACAGUCACCAUUGCCUGUGUCCUUGUCACCUCAGUCACAGAGCUGGCCAGCAAUGCAGCCACCAUCACCAUCUUCCUCCCUAUCCUUGCCCCUCUGGCCGAAGCUAUCCGUGUGAACCCACUCUACAUAUUGAUACCCACAACCCUCUGCACGUCCUUCGCCUUCCUGCUUCCCUCAUCCAACCCUUCCAAUGCCAUUGUGUUUGCCUACGGCCACCUCACCACCACAGACAUGGUGAAGGCGGGGAUUGGUGUGAAUGUAAUCAGUGUCCUUGCAGUAUUAUUGGCUGUGACAACAUGGGGGAUUCCACUGUUUGACCUGGAUACCUACCCUGAUUGGGCACCUACUCCAUCCACGUCAAACAUCACUAGAUGGUGAAAUCAGUCAGGAAAACACUAAAUACGGGGCCAUAGAAUGUUUAUCUAAUGCUGGGUUCAUGCACUCUUCAGAAGUUGGACACUGUACUAUCUGACUAGAAAAGUAAAAGGUACAACCAUAUUACCACAAUGUUCCCCAAUUGAAUUUCCAACAUGGAAGCUGAUAAGUAAUGUAGUUUUGAGUUCAGGAGCUUUCUAGGAGAAAUCACUACAU